UACAUGGUCUAAUAUUACACCAUUACGAGGCCAAGUUUAUCGGUAAUGUGCUCUGCAACUUGCAAGGUCAUGAAGCAAGGUUUGUGUCAACCGGUUGAAAAAAACAGUGACUACAGUUGAGUAACUUUGUCCUUUGAGCUCUACAAAAACACCUUGCAUGUGUUUCAACUGAACCAGUUUGACUUUAUCUGGAAGGUUCGCUAACACUGUUACAGAAAGGGUCAUUUGCACUGACUUUGCAUUUGCAUAAGAUUUUGAGUGCAGUAAAUUGGCAAGACUUGGCGCUACUUAGCUCUACUGAAGGAUUAUCAUGCACACUGUGUGUGCAUGUCGUGACCCGUGUGUAACCCCUGGAAUUAAUGGCCAUGGGUAGAGCCUGGCUUCUGAUUGGUCGGUUGGGAGUCAGGCCUGUUGGCUGCAGUCAGCCUCAACACGCUCUGUACCAAGGCACCCAUUCAUCAAGUUCAUUUUCAAGGGGCUUCCAUUGUGCCCGGUUUCAUGCACACUGCCCCAGCUGGACUGUGCGUGUACAUUGUAGGGUCGCCAAAGGCACUCCAAAACUGCUGAGUUGGAUAGGCCAAGAUACCGGUUUGGACCAGUCUUGGAACAAUUCACACAGACUGCACACUAACCAUGACCGUGGUAGUGCUUUGAGCCGGUGUGGAUCACUAACAACUGCCGUCCAUGAUUCGUACAACUCACAACCAGGAUCGUGCAAGACUUUGACUAUGGAGAGCGAAGCAUCGUUGGAUUGCAGGACUGAUCCCGACCUGAUGGCCGGGGAAUUUGCAGGAUACUCUGGUGAUGGACCUGUACCGACGGAUUUUUUGCUGCCGUAUGAACCGCCGGACUGGAUGUCUGAUCUGCAGAAGAUCCCCAAGUACAGAGUUCAGCUGAUACACGGAAUCACUCCCAUCCAAAGAUGGUACCUCCCAAAUGUACCUGCCGACUUUGAAAUCCACAUCAAGCGAGACGACAUGACCGGAUGCGAGCUGUCUGGAAACAAGGCACGAAAGCUGGAGUUUCUCCUGGCUGAUGCCAUCCACCAAGGCUGCUCUGCUGUUAUCACCUGUGGAUCCAUGCAGUCCAACCACUGCCGGGCCACAGCAUUGGCAGUUCGACAGCUGGGCCUGGAACCCCACCUUCUGCUCAGGUCACCAGUCUCAGACCCGGCGGAGGUGACGUGCAGCGGCAACAUGCUCCUCAAUCGCCUGGUCGGAGCCCAUGUCUACCUCAUGCCAAGGAAGUCGCAGUUUGCUGGGGACAUCAAGCCGAGGCUGGACCAGCUCGUGCAGAAAAUCAAGGAGGAAACGGGCGAGAGUGCCUACCCUAUCCCCAUCGGUGGCUCUACUGCUGUGGGGCUGUAUGGCUACCUAGAAGGUUUCGCUGAGCUACAACGGCAGGGUGUGGUGGAAAAGUUCACGGACAUUGUAAUCGCCUGCGGCAGUAGCGGCUCCACACUUGGUCUUGCUCUGGCCAACUAUCUCACCAACUCCAAGCUAAAGGUGCACGGAAUGAUAGUCUCGGAUGACUCCCAGUACCACUAUAAGGAGAUGAACAAGGUCUUGCGGGAGGUGGAUGCCAAGCACAGCAACGGCAAGGCCCUCCAGGCUGAAGACAUCGUCAACUUGGUGGACGGAGUCAAGGGGAGGGGUUACGGCUUGUCUACGCCGGAGGAGCUAGACAAGGUCGCUGAGAUUUGCGCCAAGACCGGGAUCAUCAUCGACCCCAUCUACACGGGGAAGAGCGUGCACCACCUCAUACAACUGACCAGAGAGAAACCGGACAUGUUCAAGGGCAGCAAAAUUCUGUUUGUGCACACAGGAGGGAUCUUUGGACUUUUCGAUGGGCGCAUGGACGAAACGAUCAAGCGAGUGGGGCUGGAGCAGAACAAGUUCCAUGAGUGGAUGGAGCUGGCCGUCCAAGCUCCCGAUCUGAACCUCUGAAACCUGUCAAGAGUGCCCUCUUGUGGCCAUGUGCUGCAUUUUGCAUGACUGACACGGCCGCUUUUUUUUACUAACCUCACCGGUUGACAAUAUCUCCGUGCGCGAGGCCUCAGUGCCCUCGGAUGGUUUGGUCGAUCCAGUAUGCUCCUCAGGAGGACUCGGUGACCUGAGGGGUUUCCCACCUGUCAGCACAGCCAAUUCAGUUUCAGAAGUUCGGCCCACAAGGGAUUGUCGUCAGGAAAAUAAUGUAAAUAUUGGAGCAUCAAAACCAGUCUUCCUGAUAUCUUAGAAAUUGUUUUGGGGAAAUCUGCACCCUGUUUUUUCUGAAUACAAAUAGUACUUGAAACACCACUGAAGAACAAAAUAUCUUUACCGUAAUUGUUUGAAAAUUGUAAAGUAUACGCUGCCUUUUUUUUAAGACCACAGAGGUCAACCCUAAAAUUCUGAAGUCUGACACCAGCUGAUGGUUACAUGCGUCUAUGAAAAGUGGCUCUACAGCCUUAUAUAGAACCAUUCCGGUGACCAGUGUUGUAUUCGAGUCCAUCGCACGUCCUUUCACAAGUUCCUUCACAAGGCUAGUCAUGAGUAACAGGUUGAACAAUGACAAAAGAAUGCUUUUGUCACAUCUCAAUUGAAUAGGUUGUGAAUUGGCCUAGGACUGAAUGACUUGUGAUGGAUUUGUGAUGGAUUACAGGGACUCCCAGGGACUUGUGAUGGACUUGAAUACAACAUUGCUGGCGACCAUGGUAAUGCCAUCGCUGGUUAUUUGCAGUGGCCCCCUGUAAUGGCGGUAAGCAUUGUGAUAACUAUUGUAUGCGGCCACUGCUCCGUGACAGUCACUCCCCACAAAACCCAACACAAUGCUUACCACCAUUCGAGGGGGCCAUCAGGACUGUAAGUGAGACACAAGUGGCUUCGUCUAUUGCUGGUUGUUCCGCUUGAAGUCACAACUAUAUCAUUUGGACGGUCCUUCUUUCAUUGGAAGCAGCUCAAACUGAACAGUUAUGUAUAUUUCAUUAAGUUUAUACAGCUCCUGAAAUGCUUUCCAUGAUGACCAGAAAGACAUACCCGAGUAUAAUUUAAAACUGUUCAAAAAUCAGCAAAAUUACAAAAAAAAAACCAAAAAGAUCAAAGGACAAACCAAGCCAAGACUAAUCCCUGAUUCUAACAGCUUAACAUGUGUUGUUUGUCGUCUGCAUGAGUUGUAGAAGUAAGGUUACAAGGCUGAUUUCAGGUUAUUUGACUGCACAAAUCUCAUGGUUUUAAAGAAACCAACAAGGAUAGUCUCUGUAUAUAUAUUUCACCAUUUCAACUGGUCCACUUCAAAUUGAUUGUGGUUGAGAUAAAGAAAAGAUUUUAUUUAUUUUAUGUGAUAGGUUUUUACAGGAGCACUAUGUGCUUUGAUGUCUAAUUAUUCCCAGUUAAUGCUUCACUUUAUUAUCUCUAAAGUAUUUAGAAUGAUAAUUUCUUUUUUUCUUUAAAGUGGCUUAAAAAAUGCCCCCAAAUUGGCUUGUGGUUGACAGUUUGAUGCAUGGAAAUUGAUCAGUUUUGGGAUUGCGUUGUAUUUAAAAAUUUGGAAUAAAUAAUUUGAAGCUAAAAUACA